AUGUCUCCAGGAGCAUGUGGCGAGCUAGUAGCAAAACAUAAGGUAGCGGCAGCGGGCCGAGAGGCAGAGAAAAGCGCUCAUCAAUUGCCAUCAAGAGGAAAUGCUGAGACAGCUGCUCCUGGUAGUCCGCAUAAUAGCUCAGCUUCGCCGGAGCAACAAGACGGAAGAGAUGAGUGCAAUCGUCCAUUCGGCGAGUGUCAUCUCAGGAAAUUGCGAACACCUUACCCCUGGUUCGUGGUUCAUUGGUUGGUCUGUUGGGUCCCGAACUACAAGUAUGGGACGGGUUCGCAUGGUCCAUUCCGGGGUAUUGGGCAGGAAGCCCUGAGACAGAGUAUUAUUCCAAGGCUCCAGGACUUCAAUGCAUGCUCGGAUCUUCCUUUCAAGUCGUCCUCGGGGCAAGACAGUGUCGUGGUCAGACCAUCGUCAUCAGCACAGCAUGAAGCGCCCCGUAUCAGAACAACAGACAGUGACAGCAGACUAAAGGACUCCCGUCGUGCUUGA